GUCCAAUAUUGUCACGUGGCAUCAUAGGUCGUACUUUCUCAACUGAUUAGAAAUACUCAUCAAUGAUAUCAUUAUCAGUUCACUGAAUUGAAAAGUAGCCGCAUCACUUUUUGUUCCAAAAAAAUUCUAAAUGGCUCCAAGAACAUAUGCAUCAGUACUUACCACACCCAGAGGUCCAGCCCCCCUUGCACUAUAUUGUCCUGAAGCUCCAGAAUGCCCAAAACUUGAAGCCAUUUCAAAUUUGAGCUUUCAACAGAUCACGCAGCAGGCUGGAACUUCCAAUGAUCAGGGAUUCGAAUUUGAAAAUACAUACGUUGAGCACAGAAUAAAUCAAGAAAUCGAAUCCUUCGUCGACACACAUCAUCAAGAACCUCUUCGAAAGGCAGCAGCUCAAUUCAGAGCGGUCAUGAAACAAGAAUAUCCAGAUUCGACAUGCUUCAUCACUGGAUCAUAUCCUGCCGGAGUUGACAUCUUCUCCUCUGAUAUUGAUUUUACCGUCAAGGUUCCAACUUUGGAAGGUGCAAAUCCAUUUUUGAAAUUGAUGCAGUUGAGAAAAGAACUCAGCUGUUACUACACAAUCUUCUCGAAGGCUUAUGUGCAAAAAGGAAACAUUCCGGUUCUUCAACUGAUGCAUGCGGAAACAAAAGUAUCAAUUGAUGUUACAAUCGACAAUGAUACCUCAAAACGGAACACUCAGCUUUUGGCAUUUUAUAGUCAAUUAGACACAAGGUUUCCACUAUUGUGCAAAGCGAUGAAAGCAUGGGCGGCAAGUUGUGGAGUCGAAGGAGCCAGCAGAGGACGGCUCAACAGUUUUUCCCUCUGUUUGAUGCUCAUCCAUUAUCUUCAGACGGUUCAAGUUCUUCUAAACAUUCAAGAAAUAUUUCCCGAGUUGAAUGGUGAUAUAGUCGUGGAGGAUGACAACUAUAUGAAAAGAGACUUGAAAAUUGAAAUUCUGGAAAAAGGAGCAUUCGAUUUCAAUCAGAACACAAGCAGUCUAGCUGUGCUUUUCAUUGGAUUCAUGAAGUAUUACUCAGAGUUCAAUUUCAAAUGGAAUUGGAUCUCGAUUAAACAUGGAAACGUGUUGAAAAAGAAAUGGUCAAAGACAAGAGUUCCAAAAAAUGGAAUGCCAAAGGAUUGCCGUUUUAUUGUCGUCGCGGAUCCAUUGUUGGAAAUUCCGAGAAACUGUGCUGGAACCGUCCGUCAGCAGAACUACAUGGAAAGAAUUCAACUCGAGUUUAGAGAGGAGUACGAGCGAAUUCUGAAGAGAAAGACAAUUUUCAAUCUUUACCAAUGCAAUUGGAGUAGAAAAUUGAGAAAAGAGGGAAUGGAACGAGAUCUUCAAAUUAUGAUUCUUCAAGAUGAGCUUCGCAAAUUAAGAAUUGCUAAUUUGCCGACUGAAGAAGAAGUUCCAUGGGGUACAGUCGUUGAUUUCACAAGUCCUCGAACCUUUUCACCUACAAAUCAACACCCAAAGGUCUUCUGGUGUUCAGAACAAACGACUGAAAAUCAAAGAAGAGAUAAUUUAUGGCCUGAGCUACUUCGUACAAAUCCAUAUGCGAUAUUUGAAAAUUUGAUUUGACUUUAUUAAUAAUUGAGUUGUUAUAUAGGGUUUUGCAAGUAGAAAUAGUUAUAAUCAAACAUUUUUAGGUCGGUAAGUGACAAUCGAUCACUUUUAAUUCAACUUGUAGAACUCUAUGUGAAUUUAAUAAAAUAUAUUAAUAAUA